AUGCUGCAGCUGUGUCAGGUGACCGGCGCCCUGUUCAUCAGCAACGCCCGCUCGGCCUGCAGCGAGGAGCUGCUGCGGCGGGAGGGCGUCACCCUCUGCAUCAACGUGUCCCGGCAGCAGCCGUUCCCCGCCGCCGCCGCCGCCGUCUCCCGGCUGCGGGUGCCCGUCUACGACGACCCGGGCGAGGACCUGUACGGCCACUUCCACCGCUGCGCCGACGCCAUCCAGCGGGAGGCCGGGCGCGGCGGCCGCACCGUCGUCUACUGCAAGAACGGCCGCAGCCGCUCGGCCGCCGUCUGCAUCGCCUACCUGAUGAAGCACCGCGGGCUGACGCUGGCGGACGCCGUCGGGAGGGUGAAGACGGCGCGUCACGUGAUCGAGCCCAACCCCGGCUUCAUGGCCCAGCUGCAGAGGUUCGAGCAGGAGCUGCAGAGACCUCCAGGAGAGUCCCGAUCCUCCGACCCGCCGUGA